UCGACAGAGGCAGCGAAGCAGAAAGAGUAACCUUCGAAGGAUGUGAGUUAGGGGGCUGGACGGUACUGCAAAUGAUAGAAAUUGGCUUCUAGGCUAGAAAUUGGCUUCUAGGCGAUAUACAUAGUACAAGACUCACCGUUUGACUGAGGCAAUCCUCAGCCAGGCCGCUGCCACCAUCACUGUCGCUGUGUGCGGCUGAACGGAGGGACGAGGUACGGGUUUGCUUGCGGGUGAAGGUAGGAGUCACUGAAACGGUUGGGUGGUUGUCUCCAACUGGUAAUAAGGCAUACCAUCAUCGACUGCAGCGAUGAGCUCACGUCAAAUCCAAGCAGUUUUCGACGACUACCAGAAGGCGAGGAGUGAAUUCGUUCAGACAGUUGCCGAGCUGUCGUCGCGCCCUCAGAAUGCAGCCAUCCUCAGAGAAUCAGAUGUUCUACAGCAUCUGCGUCCACUGCUGCUGGACAGGGUCGUAGGCAUUCAGCAAUCGGCCGCGCUGGCAAUCGGCCGCCUGGCUAACUCUUCCUCCGAUCUGGCCGAGGCAAUAGUCCAGGGCGACAUACUGCCACACGUAAUUUACUCCAUGCAGAAUCAGAAUAAAUUCUACAAGAAGUCAGCAGCGUUGAUACUGCGUGCAGUGGCCAAACAUUCUCCGGAACUUGCGCAGGCUGUCGUCGAUGUAGGUGGCCUGGAAGGUCUUCAAGCCUGCCUGGAAACGUUUGAUCCAGCCGUGAAGGAAUCUGCACUAUGGACGCUUGGCGUGAUAGCCAAGCAGAAUGAUGAUCUGGCAAUGGCCGUGGUGGACUCAGGCGCCGUUCCCACCAUUGUGCUGUGCGUGAACGAAGCCGACAUGCCAGUGCGACGAACAGCCGUGUCGGCUCUCAGUGAGAUCUGCAAGCACACUGCAUCACUGACGCAGAUGGUGGCUGCUUCGGGAGCAAUUCAAAACCUCUGCAAGGCUCUGCACUCGACGGAUGGAAGACUGAAGAGAAUUACUCUUGGAGCAUUGAGUCAAAUUGCGAAGCACAACGUUGACCUGGCUGAGCUGGUGGUGGAGGGUGAUGCGUUUCCGGGCGUGCUGAAAGACCUAAGGCAUCCAGAUGACAAUGUACAGCGCAAUGUUGUCAUUCUAAUCCGAGAAGUCGUCAAGCAUUCGUUUGAUUUAGCACAGCUGGUUGUGAACACCGGAGCCCUGGGUGGACUGGUCGACUACAUGGGCAGGAGUGGCAAAGAGGCGCAGCUACCAGCCAUACAGGCCAUCGGCUACAUCAGCUCAAUGAGUGAAGAGCUGGCGUCGGCAGUCAUCAAAAGCAAGGCACCUCUCCAGCUGCAGAUGACCCUGAUGCAAGUGGAGAGCCAUCCUGAGGUGGCUGGCUCGACGGCAUGGGCACUGGGUCAGAUUGGCCGGCACUCGACAGAUCACACAAACUCCGUAGCGGGUGGUGAUAAUCUUACCCACUUGGUCAAUCUCGCCGUCAACGACGCAAGCCCGCCAGAUGUCAAGUCAAAGGCCGAGUCUGCUCUCAAGCAGAUUCUGAGCAAGUGCACCGAACUGCAAGCGCUACUGGCAUUGCUGGCGAAAGCUCCACCUCACAUCCUUGAGCAUGUCGUCGUGCAGUUUAGUAAAGUCCUACCGAAGAAUCCCUCCGCAAGGAAGAUGUUCAUCUCCACGGGAGGUCUCAGAAAAGUCAACUCAAUCGUGUGCACACCGGGCAGUAUCACCGAGACAGCUGUGCAUCAGAUCAAAGCUUGCUACCCGCCAGACAUAGUCCAAUUCUACUCACCUUCCUACGCAGACUCAAUUCUCGAACGUGUCGAACACUUCCAACCCGAGAGAGCACGGUCCUAGAUCAACGAUGCCUCAACGAUGGCAGGUAUUACAACAACGACAACGACAACAACAGCAACGACAACAGCAACGACAACAACAACAUCGACAACAAUGAAAACAGCAGCACCAGCAGCAGCAGCUACACAUUCACCCAUCAGACACCGUCCAUCAUCAUGCUCAACCGCAACACCUCUCCUUAGUCACAUAUCAAGGCCAAGCGGUCAACCGGAAAGUAUAUAAUCAAGUUUAGGUCCUGACCAGUCGACGCCAGCAAAGAACUGAAGAAUCUUGAUGCCGUCUUGUUCACUAUGCAAUGCAUGUACUCGUGAUGAAUUGUGUAAUGAUGUGCCAAUACAAUACGGGCCAUUUCUAGUACAAGCAGUCAUGUACAUUGCUUCUCAUAGCAUAUGUUCAGAGUUGUGAUGCUUGGCCACAGUGAUCUCGCUCACCAGCAGCACAUCAACAGCACAUCAUCAUAGGUUUGCAGCACAUGUAAAUUCAUAUGCCAUGAUUCUGGUACUGUACUAGUAGCGAUAAUGGAAGUUUCGAAAGCACUAUAUUGUUGCAAGUAUGUAGAAAGUGUGUUCAAUGCUAGCACUAAAACAGUACAAUGAAUAAUUCAAAUAGGAGUGCAUAGGGUGUGUUGUAUCAAUAGCUGUCAUGUUUUUUUUAUGCAGUCAUGCCAAUGGUAAUUUCGCUAGGGCACUCACCAGCCCUGCAGUUUCUUUCUGUACAUACAAUAAUGAUGAUACGGGCAACCAUGCUAUACAGGAAUGCCUCAGAAAUGGAAGCUAACUUGCAGCAUACUCAA